AUGGAUAUAAAGUGGAAUUCUCAAUGGUGUGACUUAAUAUUAUCUAGUAAAUUAGAUUCUUAUUUAUCUACAAAUAUAACAUCUGUUAGCUUUAUAUCACCAUUUAAGAUAAAAAAAAGUUGGAUCGAAAGUUUAUUACCAUCUAUUUUAGAUAAUCUAGAAGAUUUAUUUGAUGAAGAAGUUAUUAUAUGUUGUAUAUCAACAUCUAAUGGGAUUAUUAGAUUUCUAAGUGAAAAAUUUGAUUUUAAUCAAAAUUUUUGUAUUAAAAAUAGUACAACAAAUCAAUAUGAACCAAUAUAUAUAAAUAAGAUAUAUACAUUAUCUAGCUUAUAUGGAAUAGAUGAAGUUUAUAAUUCAUCAGAAGAUUUAAUUAAGAGUAAGAUAUUUGUAUGCUUUAGCUCUAAUGAUAUAUUAUACUGUUGUGAUAUUCCAUUUUAUUUCAUAUUUGCCUCUUAUCUACGAAAUACUAUACAAAAUAAAUAUAAAGAUUCAGAUAUAAUAAAUCAAUUGUCAGCUAUUGUAUUACCAAAUUUAAUUGAAAUUCCACUUUAUAAGAUAAAUUCUACAAGUUCUAAUUUAUUAUCUUGGUCUCAUAAUUUAUCAGAUACUCAACCAUGUAUUCUUAUUGCUCAAAUUAAUGAAUAUUCAGAUAUUAAUAUUGCAUUAUUAUUAUUCACAAAAUUUUAUGAUAUCAAAUUUCAUUUAAACUUUUAUAAUAAACGUUUACCUCCUGUUACUAUAUAUAAGACUGUUAAUUUACCAAAUAUAGUUAAAUCAAAUAAUAGAACUAUACUUAUUCCAAAUGGUAUAACAUGUUAUCCCUUUAAUAGACAAUAUUUAUGGUUAUUUGGAAUAAAAUCUGAUACAUUAUUAGAUGAUAAUGAAUAUAAAGAAAUGAAUUUGAAUGAAUUGGAUUCAAUUACUCAAACAACAAUUUAUAUUUUAGAAUCUAAUAAAUAUUCAAUUGAUUUGAUAGGACAAACUAAUUUAUCAUAUAAUAUAACACAUAUAAAUAUAUUAGAUAUAAUAGAAAAUAAUAAAGAUUUAUUAUUAGAACAAGAUAAGAAAGUAGAAUUAACUAUUCGUAUGAUUUCUGCUACAGAAGAACCAUCUGGACUUUUAGGUUGUGAUAUGAUAGUUAGAAAACCUAUAUCUGGAAAUAUUCAAAUAUCCUCAUCAUUAUGGAAUUAUUCUACAAAUAUUUCAUCUAUAAUAUUCAUGCCAUUAAAUGAAUUUGUUACUAAAGAGAAAAAAACUAAUGAUGAAAAUUUGUUAGGUUUUUCAUUUGGAUUAAAUGAUAAAUCUCAAAAUAAAGAUUUAAAAAAUACAAUAAUAAUAACUACAUUAUGUACUCUUCCAAUGUAUCUUAAUGAGUUAAAAUUAGAUCAAGUUUUAAAAAUAUUUCCUGCUAUACUUUGUGGUUUAUCUAAUGGAGAAUGGAGAAUAUAUACCUUACAAAAUGAAGAUGAUAUUCAAAAAGGACAUCAAACAAUACAAAACAAAACUAUAUUUAAUUCUAAUUCAAUGAUGCCAUUGGGAUAUUUUUCAUUGAAAGGCUUACAUACCCUUAUAAAUAUUACAUCUGAAUCUGUUAAUUCAGGUAGAGUUAUAUCUAGCUCUUGGAGUAUUUUCAAGACAUUAAAAUCCAGCUUUUCAUUAUCUAUUGCAGCAGUUACAGAUACUGGUAAAACCUAUACAUGGUUUAUAAAUAACCAAAAGAAAGGGGAAUUAUUAAAAAAUAAAAUUGGAAAAUCUCAAAUAGAUAAAGAUGAAAUAUUUAAAGAUCAUUCAUUUAAUAAAAUACCACAGAGAAUAUUACGUAAGAAAUUAAUUGAAGAUGAACUUUUUUCAGUUUCAAAUAUUCAAAAUAAUAUCCUUAAGAAUUCAAAAAAAGAAUUAAUAUCUAAAUAUCAAGAAAUUAAUAAUAUUAGUAUUGUUGAAAUUAUGGAUGAGCAUAUUAAGAGAAUAGAUAAUAGAUUAAGACAAGUAGAAGAACAAGAAUAUAAAUUAAUAAAUAAAUCUCAUUAUGAAGAAUUUAUAACUCAGCUAAAAUCAGAAAAUUUAAUAAAUAAUAAAAAGUCAUUAUCUCAAGUUCCUGAAUGUUUAACAAGAUCUAUUAGCCCUAGGAAAGGAUGCAAUGUUUGUUAUCGCCCAAAAGAACAUAAUUUAGAACCUCGUAAACUUUGGACUUCAUCUAAGUAUGCCACACUUCCAAUUCGUAGAUACAAGGGUUAUGAUAGCGAAAAUGAUCACUAUAAUAUUAUAUUGCAAAGUCUUAAUUUUAAAAGUAUAGUGUCAACUGGACUUAAAUAUAUAUCAAUGCCUAAUUCUACUGAUUUAAUUACUGAAAAACCUGAACAAGAGGGAUUGAUAGACACUCUUGUACAAGAUUGGCUUCAUAAGAUGAACAAUAGCGCUACACUAUAA